CCCUCUACAGCAAAAAAAGAAUUUUAACAUUGUAUAUAUUGGCACGACACAAUUCGGAAGCAUUUUGCUCUUGACAAUAACUAAUGUCCCAUGAAUCAAAUGUAAAAUGAUCAGCGCGAUACUGGACUUAUUUUGGAUCCCCAUUGGGGGCUUUCUCUCAUUUCUGAUAUUUAUUUCCGCCAUAAACAAAUCAAUCGGCGUCCGAAAAGCGUAUGUGAACCUUCUCUUAAGGAUAUUCGAGUACGGUCGAGUCAGUAUAGAGACAGCAUCCAAAGAAAACCACCUUUCCGUUCGUACUACCAAGACUGACAACAAACAGGGAGUGCAGUUGGUGGACGAUGCCGACUCCAAAGAAGGUACCAAUGGGGCUACCUUAAUCACCAGAGACGCAGUCCUGCUGCCCCAGGCGCAGGAGCCUGCUCCCGAGAAACCAGUUUCCUCCAAGAAGGAUGAAAUUAAUUUCGAUUUUGAGAAAUGUCUGGACUACGUGAAGUCAGGGGUAGAAGCCAUAAUCGAGGACGAUGUAACAUCGCGUUUCGAGGCGGAGGAGCUCAAGAGCUGGAACAUGCUCACACGCACCAAUAGGCACUACGAAUUCAUUUCCUGGAAAAUAACUUCCAUCUGGGUGUUCGGCUUCUUCAUCCGAUACGUAAUUCUAAUGCCACUUCGAGUGCUGGUCUGCUUCGUUGGUGUUUUAUUUGCAGUUUUAUCAAACUCCAUUGUGGCUUGUUUACCCUUUCGAUUUUUACGGCUUUCUUUAGCGAGCUUGUCAUUCAAAAUUACGUUCCGCCUUAUUUCGACUUCUAUGUCUUCUUUUAUCAAGUUCCACAAUAAACAAUAUAAGCCCACAGUUUCUGGGUUCUGUGUAGCCAACCACACUUCGCCCUUGGAUGUGGCAAUAUUAUCGACCGAUUGUACCUAUUCUUUGGUAGUGUGGUUAACAGUUUGUACGGCUGCAGUGGGAUAUUUGAAGGAUGGGCCCUACAAGCGCGAUCUCGUGCACAAAGUGCUCGGCAUGUGCUUCGGCGUUCUGUCCAGCGCCAUAUCGGCGGUUAUCACCUACCACAAUGAGGAUAAUCGGCCAUCGUCUGGUAUUUGUGUCGCCAAUCAUACCAGCCCCAUCGAUGUGCUGGUCUUGAUGUGCGACUCGACCUAUUCGCUGAUUGGCCAACGCCAUGGAGGCUUUCUGGGCGUGCUGCAAAGAGCUUUGGCCAGGGCAUCUCCUCACAUUUGGUUUGAGCGUGGCGAGGCAAAGGAUCGCCACUUGGUGGCCGAGCGACUCAAGCAGCACGUUUCGGAUCCAAACAACCCACCGAUUCUCAUCUUCCCGGAGGGAACCUGCAUCAACAACACAUCGGUUAUGCAGUUCAAAAAGGGCAGCUUCGAGGUUGGCGGCGUCAUCUACCCGGUGGCCAUUAAGUACGAUCCAAGAUUCGGCGACGCUUUCUGGAACAGUGCGAAGUACUCGAUGAUGCAGUAUCUGUACAUGAUGAUGACCUCGUGGGCCAUAGUGUGCGAUGUGUGGUACCUGCCUCCAAUGUACCGGCAGGAUGGAGAGUCGGCGAUUGACUUCGCGAACCGCGUGAAGAGCGUGAUUGCCAAGCAGGGAGGCUUGAUUGAUCUGGUCUGGGACGGACAGUUGAAGCGCAUGAAGCCAAAGAAGGAGUGGAGGGAGAUCCAGCAAGUGGAGUUCGCCAAUCGAUUAAAGUCGGACUCAACCUAAAUUAACACAUAUUUCUACAGUGACUGUAAAUCAUAUACAUUAUUUUACAUAAUUUGUAUUGCAGCGACUGUAAUUUGUAUAGAUUACGAUUAACUAUUGGAUGGUUUAAUAAAAGAUGAAGUCAAAUGUA